AUGACGCGAUUUCUACAAGGUAAUCUGAACAGAUGUGCCUUGGCGCAGAAUCUACUGCGCCAACGUAUCUUUGAAGAUAAGAUCGAUAUCUGCCUUAUCUGCGAGCAAUAUAUGAAUAUUCAGAAUAAAACAUGGUUCGCAGAUAAAUCUGGCACGGCAGCAAUAUGGAUCACAAACUCAAAGAAGAUCACCGUCAAUGACAACGGAAGCGGCGAGGGGUUCGUCUGGAUCAAGACUCCCACGACCUACUGUGUAAGCGUCUACCUCUCACCAAAUGAAGGGAUCAGCGUAUUUCGCCAGAAAAUGGCAAGCAUAGAAGACACUCUCGGCAAAUUUGACGGAGAAGUCAUUGUAGCUGGUGAUUUCAACGCGAAAUCGGCAGAAUGGGGCGCCGAAUACUCGGACACUAGAGGAAAUGACGUGGCAGACUUUGCUGCAAGAUUAGACCUUACUGUGUUAAAUACUGGGAGUAUUACAACCUUUAGAAGACCAGGGUAUCAGGAAUCUAUUCUCGACAUUACGUUUGCCACUCCAAGGACGGCGAACAUGAUUGGAGACUGGACUGUAUCUGAAGAGUAUAGUGGCAGUGAUCAUCAACAUGUGACAUUUAGUAUUGGAUCCGGUCCGACUCGACCAAGCAACUCUUGCAAACGAAGGUGGAAUGCCAAGAAGCUUGACCAGGAAGCGUUGCGAGCAGCCCUCGAGCAAAACGCAUCUACUCUUCAAGCUGAUCCAAAACUAAGUACCCGCAGAGAAACGGAAGAAACGGUUUUUAAAACUAUGAACGCUAUUGUCACCUCGUGUAACGCCUCUAUGCCACGACCAAAAAUCAGGGUGUGCACUGUCCAGCAUAUUGGUGGUCAUCAGAGAUAG